ACCCAUCUUCACAAUUCCUAGGACGCCAUUACAGAGAGCUUGAGAGAGGUAGCGAGAAAUUUCUAGAAGAGAUUGUGUUUCCUUCGCUUCUGUGGAAACAAAGGAUUUUUUCAAUCUGAGGAUUCGAUUGCUUUCUGCAGCAGCGCGCUUGAUUCCGUCUCUUUGAGUUGAUUAUUUGAUUUGAAAAAAUGGCUCGCUCUUUCUCCGGCGCUAAGGCUCUCACCGCUCUCGUCAUUGAUGGAUUCUCUACCGUAAUCACCAGGCGUGGAUUCUCCGCGGCGGCGCCGCAAGGAGUUGUGUCAAGCGUAGCAAGGGCAGGCGCGACGGCGGGUUCUAGAAGCGUCAAGAAGAAGUCGGGCGAAAAAAUCGUCGGAAACACCGAGAAGGUCUCGUGGGUCCCCGACCCGGUUACCGGUUACUACAGACCGGAGAAUGGCGCUCAGGAGAUCGACGUGGCUGAGCUACGCGCUACUCUCUUGAAGAAGCACUAAUUAAGAUUAACUAAGAAAAGACAAAACAAAAAAAAUAAUAUUAUUGUUUAAAAAAAAAAAAAAAAGGAUACGAGGGGUUCGUGGCUCGGAUACCGUUGCCCUCGGUGGGCUCUCGCUAUGUGGUAGAAAAUUUUAUAAUUAAUCCCACGAACUCUUCGUUAGAAGAUGUUUCUGAUGAUGGUAUACAUGUAACUCCUCUGUUUACUCUUUUGAUUAUAUCGAUGUUAUAUGUAACCUUUCUAUUGUUGUCAUGGAAUAACAUUAUAACGAAUUUUUAAUGCAAAUUUAUUUUUUUCCGUCC